CAGCACAAGACCGACGGAUGAUGAAGCACCACUCUCUCGAGACAUUAGCGAAAACAUCGUUGCAGGGACUCGGGGCUUUUUAGAGGGCGGGAGGACUUGUGAAACGGUCUCGUGCGAGUCUGUGUACCACCAGUCCACGCUGGCGACGAGACAGAGACUAAUGAUCACAGAUGCAUCCAGCCCAUCUCGACACGCAAGCGCAUGUGUUCCAACAAGGAGAGCCUCCAGUCGAUCUCCAACACGAAAUUUUGGACGCCAUUAUAUCUGGUAUCGCGGCCACUGGGAAUUAAGCACCGCUUCUGUGAGAGCUCAGCGUUCGCUGGACAAGAGGGCUGUUUACGCGAGUGGGUGGUGGCCAUGGCGGGAAGGAUGGAUAUUGGGGCGGAACCUUUGUGAGGCGGCUGCUUGCUAUUCUAGAACUCGGGCAACAUGGCAAGGGGAUAUGAAAAAUGUGCGAAAGAAUAGUUUGUUCAUAUCGAUGCUUACUUCCUUGUCAUCGUGAACUCACCUUCAGCCAGAUGUGACCUGCACCUCAGUGACGCUCACACUCAGUCGAUG